AUGGCAGCAACAGAGGCUAGUACAGAGCCUGUCCAAGGGGACACUGUAGACACUAAAGCCGAGGCAGAACCUACAAAUGUAGAGAUAGCAACAGCUCCAGCUGAGGAGGCACAAACUACCACAGAGGCACCACAGAGUGCGGAGCAGCCAGCUGACAGCAAAGCUAAGCCCGCCUCAGAGAAAAUAUGGGACUCCUUUUUGAACAAAAGUGGUCUUGGAAAGGUGAUGGGUGGGAAGAAGAAGAAAGAACAGAGCACAGGGGCUGAAGAUGCUGUAGGGGAUGAGCAAGAGAAAACAGCAACUUUAAACCAACCUGAUCAGGGUGAGGCUGUGAGUCCUAACGACCAGGCAACCAGUGAGUCAGCAGAUACCACCGAGGCUACAACCGAAGGUCAGGCUAAAGAGAAAGCACCUGAUGAUGAGGAGGAGAAAAAAGAACCUGGUGCUAAGCCAAAGCAAGGGGAGAAAUCAAGUGUUAAAGACUUCAUCCGCAAGCCUGUUGCAAGGAUUUUCUCACACAGAAGCACAGAGAAAAAGGAUGGUACAGGCGAGGUCAGAAAACAUAGCAAGGUUCGCUCAAAAUCCCUGGACAGACUGCAGGAUGCUGACGCAAGCACUGUUGUGGUGGACCAAAUCGAGGACCCCCAGGCAGCAGAUGAACCAGACAAGUCAGCUUCUCAGACAACCGAGAGAAAGAAAGGGAGAGACCAAAAGAAAUAG